AUGAGUGAUCAAAAGCAAGCUCAAGAUCCACCACCACCACCUUUAGCAAAUUAUCCGAUGAAGGGCGAUAAACUUCCUCCUCCUCCUCCUCCUCCUCAUCCUCAACCUAAAACCAAAAAUAGAGGCGAUGGAUUUUGGAGAGGAUGGAAUCAGCUGCUCUUGUUUUUUUUGCAGAAUUUGGGAAAAAGACUGAUUUUUGGGAAGGGGCACACCAAACUUGAUUUUGGGACAAAUAUUAGGAGGAAGAAACUCAAUAAAUUUAAAGAGUCAGCAUGGAAAUGUGUUUAUUUUUUGUCUGCAGAACUUUUGGUAAUUUAUGUUUCCUAUGAUGAGCCUUGGUUCACUGAUACCAAGUACUUUUGGGUAGGUCCCAGAGAUCAGGUUUGGCCUGACCAGAAAAUUAAAUUGAAAUUGAAGGGAUUGUACAUGUAUGUUGCUGGAUUCUACUCAUACUCCAUAUUUGCUUUGCUCUUGUGGGAGACAAGGCGUUCAGACUUUGGGGUGUCGAUGACUCAUCAUGUAGCAACUAUCAUUCUUGUUGUGUUGUCUUACGUAUUUAGGUUCACUCGUGUUGGUUCAGUUGCUUUAGCCCUCCAUGAUGCCACUGAUGUUUUCCUGGAAGUUGGAAAGAUGUCAAAAUAUGGUGGCUAUGAACAGAUUGCUAGCAUAUCUUUCAUUCUUUUUGUUCUCUGUUGGACUAUACUUCGCAUAAUUUGCUAUCCAUUCUUGGUACUUCGGAGUACAAGCUAUGAAGUUCUUCUGACCUUGGACAAGGAGAAGCACAUGGUGGAUGGGUCCAUUUUUUAUUAUCUGUUUAAUACUCUUCUAUUCUGCUUGCUUGUUGUCAACAUUUAUUGGUGGAAGUUAAUGAUUGGGAUGGUUGUUGAGCAAAUCCAGGCGAAAGGCCAGCUUGGUGAUGAUGUUCGUUCAGAUUCCGAAGGUGAGGAUGAACAUGAUGACUGACCAUCAAAAAGGAAUAAUGAAGUUUAUGUAUAGCCAUACCAAGAUGGAACUCAACAAAGGCAUGCUCAUCAUCUCAUUUCCACAUGUAAGUUGUUGUAGUUUACAUUACUUUCGACAUUCCGAGUCACAUAUGAGACACACAAAGAGCUUUGGUUAACUCUCUGAUAGACUUCAAUCAUGGCCCAAGAUUUGGCUUAUUUUUUACAGUUGUAUUCUAUACACCUGUUUUGUACGACUUUUCUGUUUCAUGCAAUAUUGUUUUUUUUCUCGCCUUCCAGUCUUUCCGGGUGAAUGUUUACUCUCAACAUAUCUGUAAUUGUGACAACAAUAGAUUUUUUCUUGCCUUGUUUUUUUUCCUCUGAAUGACUUAGUAUAUCAAUGGAAGACAUUAAUAUUUCUUGUCA